AUGAAAAUAUUCGUUCAUCCAAAUCUUCUUACCACCACAUUCAUUCAUCGACCAAAUAAAAUUACAUUUACAGUUUGGAUAUUAAAUGAUUUAUAUGACGAUCCUUUUGCAUAUCCACAAAAACUUUCUGUUCAACUUUGGUCAAAUUUAAUUCGGAAACAGUGGAAAGAUAUUGAAUUAAUUGAAAUACGUGAUCAUGAUGAUAACAAAUUUAUUGUCGGAUUUGAAAAUAAUCGAAAUUAUCGUGUUUUUGAAUUAAAUCUUCCCACUUUAGAUAUUAAUGAAGGAUGGUACGAAUUUUGUUUUAGAUUCAGAAGAGUAAUGGAAGGUUAUGAAGAAGAUUGGAAAUGGGAAAAUAUUGAAUGUUGGAUGAUUGAUAAAGAAUCAAAGUUUAUAAAUGGUCAAUCCGAUUGUCAUUUUAUUGGAAAUAUCAAGAAUUUGAUUAGAUUCUUUGGUUUACAACGCAUUUCUGUUUAUUGGAUGGCACCUAUUACAGGAACACAAAGACUUGAUAUUCAAAAUAAAGAUGUUCUUUAUUUAAUCAUUCAACAAUCUACCGGUCAUUACGUUAUAUUGAUCCCUUUAACUUUCAACGAUUGUACUAGUUGCUUUCGAUCAGAUGAUCAAGGAAACUUAUUAUUUAUAACUAAAAAUUUUAGUGGUAAAGAUGUAUCAUCGAAAUUUAUUAUAGGUAGAGGAAAUAAUCAUAAAAAUAAUGAUCCAUAUAAAAUUUCAAAGGCAUGUAUGGAUUUUUUGGUAAAAGAAAAAGUUUUAGAAGGUAAGAAGAAGAAGUUAGGAGAAAUUAAAAAGCAACAAAAGAAAAAGAGACGUAAGAGUAUAUUAUUAGAAUUUAUUGAAGGUGGUGAAGAAAGUAAAACAAGAGAAAUUAUUAAAUCUUUACAAGAAGAUUUAAAUAGAAAUAAUAAUCUUGCUUAUUAUGAUCAAAUUGGAUAUUAUUUCCUUAAUGCAUUAGAAUCACUGGAUUCAUCUGGAAUUCAUGUUGGUUACGUAAUUCUUGAUGAUGGAUGGCAAAAAGUUAAUCAAUCUCAUAAAACAUUACAAAGUUUUGAAGCCAAUGAAAAAUUUCCCAAUGGAUUAAAAUCUUUAAUUCAAAAUAUUAAAGAAAGAUAUUUUUAUUUAAAACAAUUUGGUGUGUGGCAUCCAAUUUGGGGAUAUUGGAAUGGAAUUGAUUUAAAUUCAAAUUCAUUUAAUUUAUAUCAAUUUGAAAAAAUUAGACAACAAGGUGAAGGAGUUAAUUUAAUUAAAGUUGAUCAUUUAGCUAGUUUUGAUUCUAUUAAAAGUAAUGAAAUUGAACAUAUUCAAUGGUGGAAAGAUUACCUUAAAGCAUUGAGGAAAGGAAAUAAGAAAUAUUUUAAAAAUAGAAUAAUUUAUUCCUCGAGAGCAAUUAGUGGAGGUCCCAUUUAUAUUUCCGAUCCACCAAAUCAACAUAAUGUUGAAAUAUUGAAAAGAUGUGUUGUUAAAUCUAUUUAUUCACAAAGAAUUUUACGAUGUGAUUAUCCCGAAUUACCAUCAUUAUCAAUCUUAUUUGAUGAUGUUACAAAAGUCAAUAAACUUUUAAAGAUUAGUAACAUUAAUAAUCAAAGAAUUGGAAUACUUGGAUUAUGGAAUUGUCGAAAUAAUGAAAUUGUUGAUAAGUUUGGAAUUAAUGAUAUUUACAGAAUUAAAAUUAAUGAUGAUAUCAAUCACAUCAAUAAUAUCAAUGGUAUCAAUCACAUCAAUCACAUCAAUAACAUCAAUAAAACUGAUAACAUUAAAAAUCUUAAUGGUAUGCAAAAUGGUAAUGAUGAUGAUGAUAAUAAAGUUGGAAAAUAUGCUUUAUAUUUUUUCAAGAAUAAGAAAACUUAUAAAAUCAGAAAAACGAAUUUACAAGAACAAAUUUCAAUAAUGGUGAAACCUUUUGAUUUUGAGAUUGUAACGAUAUUACCUAUGGAUAUUUUAUUCAUUAAUGAAACAGGUGUAACAGAAAUGACAACAGUAGCAAAAGUGGAAAUUGCAUGUUUUGGAUUAAUUGAUAAAUAUAAUGGAUCUAAAGCUAUUGUCGAUGAAAAUUCUAAGAAAGGGAUAAUGUUUUAUAAAGUAGAUUUAAUCGGUUAUGGAGAAUGUGGAUUUUAUUUAAAUGUGAUAAAUGAGAAGGGAAGAAAAAAUGAGAUUUACGAAAUUAAAGAAAUUAAAGUUUACUUAGGAAAUGAAAUGCUGAAAGAUGAAAUGGUUAAUUAUGAUAAAGAAAAUAAAUUAUUAAUUGUUAGUUUAUGUGAGAAUGAAAAUGUUACCAAAGAUGAAUUACUUGAAUAUAAAAGAAGAAAAAAUUUAAUCGCAGGAUGUUGUUGA